CCAACCGAACACCACUUGGCAAGGGGGCACUUAAACAAUAUGACAAGUCCACAGUUGUGUUGUGGAUUUGCAACAAUAUUUAUAAAACGAAAUGGAAGUUAGCCCCCUUAGUGACAGUUUAAAGGGGCAAUGUUUCGCGUGUCUGAGCGCCCUGGACGUGCAGCAGCCCCUUGUUGAUGCCACCACCGUCCUGGAACUGUUCAAGUCCACUUUCCAGUUUCAGAUCGAAUUCAAGCCGCACUACCCGAAAUGCGUGUGUCACUGUUGCCAGGAAAAGCUUCAGGAGGCCGGCGACUUUUUGAGCCAAGUCAGAAGCUGCAUUGAGUACUUGGAGGAGCUGCAGGAGGCGAAAAAUGUCCAAAAGUGUCCGGUGAGUCUUAAGGAGGAAGAGGAGCCCGUUUCAUCCGAGUUGGCGUGUGGGGAUGAACAUCUUGCUGGCAUUGAGGCGGUGUCAUGUAAAGAGAGCAAUUUUGACUCGGAAUCCGACAAUGAGCCCCUGAGCAAAUGGGUGGUGAAGAAGAGGCGAAAGAAGAAAAGCCUGAUCAGCUCAAAGUUAAAGCGGGUGCCGCUGCGACUGGUCCAGGACGCCAUUAGAGACUACAGGGCGAAAUGCCAGCAAAACUCCAACUGCGUGCUGUGCGACUUUAAGGGGCUCAAUGUGAGGAACUUGUCAUGCCACAUGCUGUUCAAGCACAAGGAGGAGCGGGCCCAUUGGUGCCUCAGGUGCAAUAUGAUGGUGGAGGAUCUGGAGAGCCAUAAGAAAACCCAUGCCAACCGCAUCUGGUGCUCGUUCUGCGAAAAGGGCAUCACGCGCUGCCACUAUGUGGAGCAUCUGAAAUACCAUGCAGGUCAAGCAAACUAUAAAAAGUUUCGGCCUGAAAACCUGCCGGAUACACUGGCUUUGCGGCCCGAUAGAGACAAACCCUACCAGUGCCACAUUUGCCAGAAACCCUUCAAGCUGUUCAAGAGCUUGGAAGACCACGUUUACACCCAUGGACGCUACAAGUGCGAUGUGUGCGAGAAAAACUUCGAAAUUCCCGAACUGCUCGCUUCCCAUUGGUGCUCGGGAAAGGUGGCCAAAGGCUACAUUGCCAAACAAGAGCCGGCUGCGCAAAAGGAGGAGCUCCUAUCGGACGCUGAGGACGAGGACUUCAAAGACGACCAAGCGCAACGGCUUGAGCAGGAACUGGAUGCUGAUGUUAAAAGCGAAGAACCCAUUGCCAACUUGAAGCCGGAGCUGCAAGUGGAGAGCUUAACUUGCCAUUUCUGUCAGCGCACCUAUAAAACGGCCUACAAGUUGCAAAAACACAUCGAAGCCCACAUGGGCAUAUUUCUGGCCAAAUGCCAAUACUGUGAUAAGGGCUUUUCGAGCAAAGCGGACCUGACCAAUCACGAAAGGGUCCACACCAAGGAGAAGCCGUUCAUUUGCAGCACUUGCGGAAAGGGUUUUGUGAGUGGCGCCACAUUGAGAAUCCACAUGAAGCAGCACACGGGCAAGCCGGAAGAAUGCGAGCUGUGCCAAAAGAGGUUCUGCAGAAAAUCCGAGCUGAAGCUGCACCUUCAAAAGCACAGAGGCGAACGGCCCUUUUUAUGUACAGACUGUGGCAAGUCGUUUGCGCAGAAAAGCCACCUCACAUGCCAUCUCACAAUGCACAGCGAAGAACGGCCAUAUCCGUGCAAUUUGUGCGAUAAAUCGUUCAAGAAGAAGGAAUUACUUAAGCACCAUAUGAACCUCCACGGCGAUAAAAAAUUCAAAUGCGAAGUGUGUUUGUACGAGUGUCACAAGAAAUACAGACUGCAGCAGCACAUGAGGAUGCAUGAAGGAAAAACCGGCGCUAAAGUGAACCCGUGCCCGCUUUGCAAUCGCUCAUUCGGCAGCCUGCAUCUACUCAACAUUCACAUGGGCAACGCCCACAGUGUGGUCGUGUAAAAUACCAAUUUUUAUACCAGUUUUUUUGCUAUUGAAACAGUAAAAUGCAUUUAUAUUUUUUUAA